AUGUCCACAAAUAGCACAAGAAACACAAGAAACAAAAGAAGGAGGCGGACUCGUUUUCACAGAAUUCAAGGCCUGUUUUCGCUGGGCCUAUCAGUCAGUCGGUCUGCUUCCGCACAACCCUUGCCUGUUUUCACUGGGCCGUCGAGUCUGGUCGGCUUUCGCACGACCAAGGGCCUGUUUUCACUGGGCCUGUCUGUCAGUCGGUCGGCUUUCGCACAACCCCGGCCUGUUUUCACUGGGCCGUCGAGUCUGAUCGGCUUUUGCACGACCAACACAAGACAACAAGAGUCAGAACAACACUGGAAACAAGUUGUGUGUCUUCAGUACGCGUGCGAAACUAUGCCAAUGAGCAUAGAGUCUCGUACUAAAUCCACUUUUGAGAACUUAAGGCGUUUCUGA